GGAGGAGGCUUUCAAGGAGAGUGAAGGUGGAGAGGCAGGACUGUUCUGUCGGAGGAUGAUGACACAUUCUUAGUCAAGAACAACAACACUAAGAGGAUUGCGCCAAUGUUUUCCACGGCUCAGCAGAUGUUGCAGGACAGCCGCUCCAAGAUGAAGCUUCUCCGCUUGCACAUCAUCAAAGUGGCGCAGGCCCUAAGUGAACAAGACGACCAAGAAGCAAACACCACAACGAAUCAAGAGACGUCCAAGGCGGAUGUCCGCCUGGCUGAGCUGCGUCACUACACGCAGCGCGAGCACGACGCCCUGCGGCUGGCCGAGGACGUGCUGGCUCAAGUGGACGCCGUGUCCUCACCGGACCAUGAAGCUCGUUGGGAGGCUGAGAUGCGGCGCGACUACUCGUCCCAGCGCUUGCGUCUGCUGCGGGCGUCCGUGAAGGCGUGUCUGAGGGACGACAGCGGGAUCACGGAAGGUGGGAGCGACGCCCACUCGGACCCUGGUCCGUGCUCGGCGGCCAUCUUAUCCAGGCGACCCGCAGCGCUGACAGGAAGGUUGGAGGUCAGAUUGCUCGGAUGUGAAGAUUUGAUCUCGGCUGCUGAUGACACAACGUCUGAGGCGAGCGCCACCUUGAGGCUAGACGGCAGAGUGGUUGGCAGGACGCGCUGGGUUGCAGCGGGCAGGCUGUCCUGGGAUCAGACUUUCUGUCUUACGUUGGAGCGGUGUCGCGAGUUGGAGGUUGAGGUGUUUUGGCGGGAUGGCGGUAAGAUGUGCGCCCUGGGCUUCCUGCGCCUGGACCAGCUCCUGGAGCAGCAGAACCAGAGGCAGGAAGACCAAGACAACGGCCAGGCCGCUGCACUCGAGUGGCGUCUAGAACCCACAGGCCUCCUCCAUGCUCAGUUAAACUUUGUGGACACGGUGGUGGAGCGACAGCACAAACUACGACGCCAGCAAUGCAUCUUCACUAAAGAGAGAGGUAAGAACUUUCUGCGUGCGGCUCAGCUGAAUGUGAACUUUUCCACGUGGGCUCACCUGAUGCUGAGCGUGCUUCCCGGUUACGCCUCCUUCACCACUGACUCCGCCCCUCAGCCGUGCAAGUCACAGCCGCCGAGGCCGCCGAGGCCGCAGUCCCAACCGCCAAGUGGCAUGCCAACGAGUGUUGGUCUUUCUGGCCACCACGAGGCGACGCCAGAUGACGACGAUGCCUCACAUGGUGAUGAAACCUCGGAAACAAUUCAGCAACAGACGUCGUCCUUCAGCAGGAGAGAAGAAAGCCAAGGACACUCAGCCUCCGCUCUCAAGCUGCGCACGUCGGAUCUGCGCUACAUUUCCGUGCUGGGCAGAGGUCACUUUGGCAAGGUGCUGCUGGCCGAGAUGAAGUCCACGGGGCGCCUGUACGCCGUCAAGGCCUUGAAGAAGAGCGACGUGGUCAGGCGUGACGAGGUGGACAGCCUGAUGAGCGAGAAGCGGAUCCUGGAGCUGAUCAGGACGCUGCGUCACCCUUUCCUGGUGCAGCUGCACGCCUGCUUUCAGACCAGAGAGCACGUCUGCUUCCUCGUGGACUUCCUGCCCGGGGGAGACCUCAUGAUGCACAUACACAACCGAGCCUUCACGCCACAGCAGACCCGAUUCUACUCGGCCUGCGUGUUGCUGGCGUUGGAGUUCCUCCAUGUCAACCACAUCAUCUAUCGAGACCUAAAACUGGACAACCUGCUGAUGGAUGCCGACGGCUUUGUCAAAAUGACUGACUUUGGACUUUGUAAAGAAGGCAUCGGUCACGGGGACCGCACGUCCACCUUCUGCGGAACGCCAGAGUUCUUGGCACCCGAAGUACUGACCGACGACGAUUACACACGGGCCAUCGACUGGUGGGGGAUGGGCGUGCUCAUCUACGAGAUGCUGGUGGGCGAGUCGCCAUUUCUGGGUGAGGAUGAGGAGGAAGUGUUUGACAGCAUCGUCAACGACGAUGUGACGUAUCCGCCCUCGCUUCCGCCAGACGCUGUGGCAAUAAUUCAGAAGCUGUUGAAAAGGAACCCGCUGAAGAGGCUCGGCAGCGGAGAGAGAGACGCUAACGAGUUGAAAGGGGAGACAUUCUUUGAGGACGUGGACUGGGAUGCCCUCCUAGCCAAGCAAGUGUCGCCGCCCUUCCUGCCGUCCCUGAAGACGUCGGCGGACGUCAGCAACUUCGACAGCGACUUCACACGCCUUCAGCCCGUCUUAUCUCCGCCCUCCACACCCGGCAGCCUCUCGGCCCAGCAGCAAGAGGCCUUUGCCGACUUUGACUUCUGCGCCUUGCAUGGUUGACCCUUAUUUGCAGGCGACCAAGCGAUCCCCGAGCCACUUCCUGUCACCGCUUGACUGUGAUGAGUGCCGCCCACUGCCGUGACCGCACAGGAUGACUCCCAUGACUCCUGCAUGGUACCUGGUUAGCUUUGUUUCAAAAUAGCAAUUAAAAAAGCCAUAGAAAUGCUAAUAGAGCCAUACUGCAAACUAGAAAGUCAUUUAAUCAUCAGAGUACACAGCUGACAUGCUCAAAUUUCAAAUAUGUCAAAUGUCGACAUUCCUCGUGAUGGUCUCGGUAUGCCAAAAAAAAAAAAGGGGUAACACGGGAAGGAACCUAGCUGACUGUUAUAAACUGCUAUUAAUGCUACAUGUGUGAAUAAACAAAUGACUGUAAACGACAACAC